GGAGCAAGAACAGGAGAAGGGAGAAAGCUCAGGUGGUGCCCCUGUCUCGAGACACCUGGCCGCGGGAGAGCGCCCGGCAGCCGUCACGUGCGGGAGAGGGGAGCGCGCGUGGAGAGGAGAGAGCGGCUCGAGCUGGGGGGCGCGAGGAGCCCGGGCGCGUCAGUUGCGCGGUUACAGCCCGUCUCGGUUGCGUCAGGCGCUCCGGCGAGCACCAAGUUCACGGUCUUACUGCGGUGACCUUUUUCUCUUUUCCUUUUUCCGUCGCUGGAGGAGGAGGACGACGACGACAGGAGGGAGGUUUGACAGGUUUUCCCGCGACGGGACAUGGUUCUUAGCAGAAAAUCGCCCCUCUUGAUCGCCACCUCGAUCCUGUCGAGGACACCCUGCUUAUUUUUGUGAAAGGCGAAGUGCCGUCGUCGUCGUUGUUGGUUGUCAUUGAUUUUUUUUUUUGGAGGGGAGGAGGGAGGGAUUGUGGGAUCUAUAACCUUGAUACCAACGCCACCAGCAGCAGCGGCGACAGCGAUAAGGGCCGUGAAGCGAAAGGGAAUUUCGUGUCCUGCCGAGAGACCAGGAUGAGCAACAGUACGAGCAGCAUUUACGCGAGUCGGAAGAGGAGAAAGCCCGUGCAGAAGAGUACGAAGCCGGCCCCUCCCGAAGGAGCCAAGUCCAAUCCCUCCAAAAGGCACCGUGACCGCCUGAAUGCAGAGCUGGAGCGGUUAGCCAACCUGCUGCCCUUUCCCCAGGAUGUUAUCUCCAAACUGGACAAGCUCUCCGUGCUGAGGCUCAGUGUCAGCUACCUGAGGGCUAAGAGCUUCUUCAGUGCAGCUCUGAAGCCCAACGGUGGCAGGAAACCAGAUGGCAAUGGGCUCCAUGACCUGAAGCACUCCACGGACGAGCUCCUGGAGGGGGAGCUGCUCCUGCAGGUUCUGAAUGGCUUUGUUUUGGUGGUUACUGCUGAGGGUGCUGUCUUCUAUGCAUCAUCUACAAUACAGGACUACCUUGGAUUUAAUCAGUCAGAUGUUAUUCAUCAGAGUGUUUACGACCUCAUUCACACCGAAGACAGGGCAGAAUUUCAGCGGCAGCUUCACUGGGCUCUGAAUCCCCAGAUGCCUCCAGAUUCGAGACAAGCUGCAGACAACGAACCAGCUCUCCCUCUUACCUACUACAGUCCAGAGCAUCUGCCUCCAGAGAAUUCUACGUUCUUAGAACGAAACUUUGUCUGCAGACUACGAUGCCUUUUGGAUAACUCCUCAGGAUUUCUUGCAAUGAACUUUCAGGGUCGCCUGAAGUUUCUACAUGGACAGAACAGGAAGUCGAAGGACGGAUCAGCCAUCCCCCCUCAGCUGGCCCUGUUUGCCUUGGCUGCCCCUCUGCAGCCUCCUUCCAUUCUCGAGAUUCGCACCAAAAACUUCAUCUUCAGAACCAAGCACAAGCUGGACUUCACCCCCACAGCUUGCGAUGCCAAAGGGAAGAUUGUGCUGGGCUACACAGAAGCAGAGUUGUGCUAUCGUGGAACGGGGUAUCAGUUCAUUCAUGCUGCCGACAUGCUGUAUUGUGCAGAAAACCAUAUCCGGAUGAUCAAGACAGGAGAAAGUGGAAUGACAGUCUUCAGGCUCCUAACCAAAAAGAACAGAUGGACCUGGGUCCAGGCAAACGCACGUCUGGUGUACAAAAAUGGAAGACCAGAUUACAUAAUAGCAACACAACGCGCUCUCACUGAUGAAGAGGGUUUGGAAAACUUUAAGAAACGAAAUCUGAAGUUGCCUUUCAGCUUUGCUACUGGGGAGGCUGUGCUGUACGAGACAACCUUCUCAAUGUCUCUAAAUGACCCCACAUUAGGAAAAGCCAAAACCUCGCUCACGGUGGGAGGUUCGUUGAAAAUAACAGAACAGGAAUCCUUGGAUCCAAACUCCCUUUUAGGUGCCAUGCUGAAACAAGACGAGUCUGUUUACGUCUGCUCCCCGGCACAAAAUACACUCUCUUUGGAGUCGAGCAUAUUCGGUGACACCAGAGAAGAUCUGAAUGACAUCCUGUCCAGAAACUGGCAGGACAGCCUCUUGUCAGUCUCCAGAAACAAUCUGCAAACGCAGCAGCCAGAUGACAGCUCUUUGGACAGCAAAAGCAGCGAUCUGUUCAGUUUCAUGAAAAACCUGGAUAUUUGCAUGGAAGACCUUGAGAUCCUGCAGCAGGAUGAGGAGUUCCUGAAAGUUGAUUGGGACGAGCCUGGAGAUAUUACAAACGUUGCGGAUGAGAUCCUCUCCUAUGUGCAGGAAUCGCUCAAUAAAAAGUCUGAUUGCAUGUACUCCAGUUGUGCUCAGCAGAAGGUGCCGGUCCCGAACCCCAGCUGUAUGCUUCAGCAGCUCCCUCAGCCGCCGCUGCAGCUGCAGCUGCCACUGCAACAGCAGAGCCCCCAGUACCUGCAGCCGCAGCCGCAGCCACGGCAGUAUCCCCCACCGCCGCAGCUCCCUCAGCCUCAGCCUCAGCCUCAGCCGCAUCCCCUGCAGCAGCAGAACGCACAGUACCUGCAGCAGCAGCAGCUCUGCCAGAAACUGAGACACAUGCAAGUCAACGGCAUGCACGCGGCUUGGGCGCAGCCCGCCGGCGCCCCCUCCGCCAGCUGCCAGCAGCAGCCUGCCCCGCUCCAUCUGCAGCAGCACAAUCAUCAGUACAGCCCCUACGGGCUAGAAAGCACUGUUUCGGAUUACCCCUACAAAAGUGAGAUCAGCAUACUCCCCACUGCCUGUAAUCAGGACUUUAUGCCUUACAAGCCAGCAGUUCCUGCAGGUGGACAACCUCAGCCAGCGAACCUCGCAAAUGUGUCCUGUCCAGUAACUGAACUCAACACCCAGGAGCUAGAGGAUUUCCUGGAAAGUUUGGAGCCACUCCCAAAGGAUCAGGAGUGUAUAAUAAGUCCACAGACAUGUUAUACAGGUGCAAUGUCAAUGUACCAGUAUCUGCCAGAAAGUCAGUCCAACUGCACUAGUGACCCGAAUAUGGUGAAUCAAAUGUUGUUCAGCCCUCUGGGACAGCAGCCAUUCUUGGCAAAGUUUCAAAAUGAAAAUGAUGGCGGCAGCAGCAGCAGUGAUGCCUAUCCAGAAUCCUUUGGGAUGAUGGACUGCUCUCAACCAACACAGCCUCUCCACCAUCACUGAGACCUGACUGAGGGGGGUGGGGGGCGUGAUUCUUGUAACUCUGAGCCCAGUGCUUAUUCCUGUGCAUCUGUCUGGAGUGGUGCUGCCUUUGAAGGACAGUUUCAUUUUAGAGGAGUGUGAAGGGCUUCUGUGAGCCAUGAAAGACAAGAACAGGGGCUGUUUGCGUUGUGCAUAAUGCUGUUCCUUGUACAAGGUCAGUUUGCUUUCUUGCACAUUUUGUGAAAGUGUAGUAUUGACCUGUAAUGUAAAAAUAAGAAAUCUUCGUUUUGGCUUACUUUUUGGAAAAAAAAAAUGGAUUUGAAACAUAAUACGUGGUAAUAAAAUGCACUAGAUUAGCAGCCCCAAAUCUUUUAACUGCACUAUGUAAGAGUCCUUCAUUUGUAGAGCAGAAGCAGGCAUAGAAGACUGUUGCUGUCUGUGAUUUUAUUUGAAUAUUGUUUGUUGAUCAAAACUACAAGAAUAUAUAUUUUAUAUAUAAAGUGAAGUUUGAACUAACUUUUUUCUUUCAUUUACAAGACCCCUGACCAAUGAUAACUAAUGUUACAAUUCCAUUUUCAAAUGGAGACUUUGUACAGUGAUAUAAUUGCACCUGUCUGUAUUUAAUUACUGUGCUAACUACUAAAUUGUCUCUUGUAUUUACUUCAUUGUACAAUGUUAAGCAACAACCCUGUUUCAACAGUAUUUUAUAUCUACACUUUUUUUGAACUUCAGAAAAAAGCAAUAUUAAUAAUUUGUUUAUGGGCCCUAUCAGGAUCCAGGUUGUACGUUUUUGUUGAUUGUAAGCAUUUUGUUGUAUAAUUAAUUAAGGUGGUCAUUUAAAGAUCAAUCUGAAGUGAUGUUACUUGUUCUUUUACAUGCUUCAUCUUGUUAAGAAAUAGGCUUUGAUACCUUUAGCCAGUUCUAUGCAGCUCUUCAUCAAUGUGUUCAAAUUCAAGCCAGUUGCAAGUAGGAGUGUUUACAUGUGUAUGGUUCCGAACUGGAUCCUCCCUCCAAUGAGGUAAUAUUAAUCGAUGUAUCUUGUUGGGGUAUGAAAGUAUCUGUUUCAGAAAAUUUAAGACCAAGGUUGGCAUUGAGUCGAACACUUCUUUGUUAUUGCACUCUUAAGGGAUUGAAUAAUCAGAAACCCUUAGCACUUCAACUUUAUUAUAAACUUAGCUGGUCAUCACUCAUAGAGUGUGACAGGAGCCAUCUGCCUCGUGCAUUUCUAAACAAGAUCGCUCCUAUAAAAGAAAUAUUCAGACAUUUUAAAAUUAGAAUUGUGAUAUCCUGCAGAAAUUUAAAAAAAGCUGUUUUUAUAGUUUUGAUACAGAAAUAUGUUUUGUCUCCUACAAAAUGUAUUUAAAAAUGAACAUCAAAGAUUUUCUAUGUCGUAUUUUGUGUGUACAAUGUAAUUUAUGUGUAAUUAACGUUUUAUUGAAAAAUUGCUUUCUAAAAACAUUUAUUUGAUGCUUUUGUAAACUGCCAUUUGUAGCUUAAAGUGUUUGACAUUUUCAGAUUUGUUAAUUUAGUACAAGAAGUAGCAUUGGCAGAGAAUGCUGUUCAGACAGGCCUGCUUUUCUGUUGUGCUUUAACAGUGUGUUGACAAUCAUUCGACAGUACUACAGGGUGGGGGAGGGUUAGAGCAAUCUCUGAUGGACAGUUGAAAGGUGAAGUUAUUUCCCCGUCUAUGCAGCAAUGGUUACGUUCUUUGUGACUUUGUGACUUCAUAGCAGAAAAACAAGCCACUACUGUAACUGUUCGGGUUUUUAGGGAUUCACAGAUUCUCCUAAUGCCCCAUUUCCACCACCUACAUUAGCUAUGGCUGCACUGGGCUGAGGACUUUGUGUUUCAGUGCAGCUACCCUUGGCCUUGACACUAGGCGGACCUGGACAUACUGUGCCUGAUGUGACCGCAGUGGUCUGCACAGGCCUGGCUACGUGGAAACCUUUUAUCCCUUGUAAUAGUAUGCCAAAAGGACAUACAGUGCACAGAGCAGCAAGUUCAUCUUGGGGGGAAAAAAAAAGUAAUGAUCAGGAAAAAUACUAUUUUUUUACAGGAAUGUAUCUAGGCUGCCUAAAUAAAAUUAAAAAAAGGAAUUGGAAAUCCUGGGGGACAGUGAUUGAUUUGUCCUCUUUAUCAUUGUCAAUAGAAGUGCAGCUACUCAGGUCCAGCUCAGCUACAGCUAAACGUUUGGUCGUAGAGACAAGGGCAUGGUGUAGUCUGGUGUGAUUUCUGUGCAUUUUGUAACGAACCACAUUUUAGGAAACAG